CGUAACACGUUUGGGGAAAAAAUAUAUGGUGGGAUAUUUGUUCAGUUUAGUAUUCAACAUUACCUACAUCGUGUUAAAACGAUGUACCGCGGCAAACUUGCACCUGGCCCGCCGUCUUUUGGGCCUCCACCACACAGAGCUCCUUUCAGAGGGCCCUGUCCUCCUGAAGUUCCUCCUCCUGGACAUUUGCCUCCGAGAACCAGCGGACUGUUUCCAGCAUUUGGAGCGGACAGCAGCUUUAUCUAUCACAGACCGCCAAGAGGCCCUUUCGUCCCUCCCCAUUGUAACAGCUUCUCCAGAGACCAUAGUACAGUAACUGCUGUGGGUAGCAGCCAGCAGAUUGUCCCACCUGCAGACCCACAGCACCUUCAGGUCCCACAUUGGAAUUCCACUCCUGUGGAGCCUCGACCAGCAGAUAUCAGUGUAAGGGCUGGUGAAGAGUUCUUGAGAUGUAUUGCAGCCAACAAACCUCUGCCAAACUAUCUCAAAGGUGAUAUGGUCAACAACCUGGUAGACGCAUUCAAAUCAGCAAACGUGCUAAAAGAAACAACAGAUUUAGAACAACGGUUUCAGAAGCGUGUAAGCAGAAGCAGUAGUCGUAGCCGAAGCCGUAGUCGUAGCCGAAGUCGCCGACGUGCUAAAUCUCGAGCCAAAAGCCGUGCAAGGAGCAGAAGCAGAGCAAGAAGCAGAAGUCGUGCUCGGAGUCAUGGAAGGAUUCGUGGAAGAAGCAAAAGCAGGGCAAGAAGUAGGUGCCGGAGUCCAGGAAAACACAAUGUACGGAGCAAGAGCCAAGCCAGGAGGUCAAGGUCACGAAGUCGCAGUAGAGAUGUGAGCCGUUCCAAAGACAUAAAGAAAAAGACAAGCCCCACCAACAGCAGCAGUAACAACAUGACGGGGAAUAGUCUGUUUGAAGGAUUGAAGCUGGCCAUGAAGAGCAAAGAUCUAGAACACAGCCUACCAGCCCUCAAAGAUGCCAUCCUCACCAUUCAGGCCACACAUGGAAGCAAAACAAUUGAUUGUUUGCCUCCAGAGGAGAAACCGGCCAGUCAGGAGAUUCCAGCAGCAAUGGACAAUGACAGCACACUCCUUCCCCAUGAGAGAGUGGGAAAUGACUUUUCUUGGAUUCAGGCACAAAAUCCUGCAAAAUGUGUUGAAGAUGAAGAGUCAUUCCUGUAUGGGACUGAAGAUACAGAAGUAAAAAAUCCAAAUAUGAGCCCUGUUGCUGAGGCUUCCCAGAUUGCAGCUCAUUCCUUCCAUUACAACAAAAUGCAGAGUUUACCUUUUCAGAUGACUCCUGAAAGCCUAGCUGCAACCAAUUUGGAUUCCAUUGAUUAUGAAAAGAUCAAAAACAUAUUGAAAGGUAAUGGCAAAGCAAACAAUGAGAAAAUUAUGAAAAAGCCAAAAGAGGUUGAGGAGAAUCAAACCCAACCGACACUUCCUAAUCCAGUACACCAAGCAACAGUCUUGCCAGCAAUGAGUAGCCCAAAUGUACGGCAGGCUCUAGAAUCUCUCCAGUCACUGAUAAAAGCAACAAAAGAGAAGCGGGAGAGAACUGAUGUCAGUGGUGUAUCUUCUGAAAGCAAUAAGGCUGUUACUGAAGAAGAAAGGAAACGAGAGAAGAAAAACAUAAUCUCCAAGAUGGAAUCCUUGAUGACAGAACUACAAAGAUUGAUGAAACUGGAAGGUUCAGGAUUUCUGAAGCCAGUGAUUGGCUUCUACUGCCAACAGUGUGAGGAGUUCAUCGGCAAUCUGGACAGUGCUGACGUUCAUGCAGCUAAUCCCCGCCAUGCUGCCUCCAGCAAUUCAGACAAGCAUCCUGGAAACGGCAAAGGACAUUCUCAGAGUUAUAAGAAGAGUAGCAGCAGCAGACACAGUCAACCAUCAGAUAUGAAAGAGCAGAAGAGAUACAGCCACUACAGAGACUCAGGGGACCACAGGAGUCACCGAGACAGCAGGAUGGAGAGAGAUCACAGACAAAAACGUGAGGACGACCACAGGGGUGGCGAGGAAAAGAUCUCCUUGAAAGAGGAGCUGAAAAAGGAGAGGAUGCUCAUAACAGUGUCACACGUGCUGACGCCUCCUGCUGUCAUCAUUAAGGACGAGGUGAGCAGGGAGAAGGCUACUGGAAACCAGGGUAAGGUCAAAUCAGAAGAUCCUAAGAAAAGAUCCAAAGACAGCAGUGAUUCCGACAAUGAGAAAACAGAAACUUCUGAAACUAAGUCUCCCAAAAAGAAAAAAGAGAAAAAGAAGAAAAAGGAGAAGAAAAAGAAGAAGAGUCAUAAGUCUUAAAUUUGUCUGUCACUUGGUUCCUGAGUAGAAGAACCACCCUGGUUUAUGGAUGCAGCUUUUUUUUUUUUUUAAUGUUUUAAGAGUGAAAUUCCUUCCUUCUGUAUUUUUUUUUAUUCCUUCCCUGUCUGUUUGUUAAGAAGCCUUGACACUUGCACGACUUUGAUCCGUGUACUUGCACUCACUCUGCUGUGCAGGAGAGUAAACUUUUCUCAAACUCGUAAACUGCGUGGCUUUGUCCAAGUGCACAAAGAAAAUUUUGAAUUGUUCCAAAUCUCCAUCACGCAUUAAUUAUGUGAACUUCACCUCACCAUUGCGCAAACAAGUAAAAAACACUGCGUGUGAUUGAUUGCAUCAGCGCACCAUAUCACAGAGCAGCUCGCCUGAGCGAUUAUAACAAGAUGUUAAAUCUAUCAUAAACGUACUUUUACAGCUACUCAUAAGAAAUAAUGAGCAUGUAACUGUUUUGCCAAGUUAUUACAAUAUAAACAUUACAAAUAAUUACCUUAGGGGUGUGGCCAAGUGGUUAAUGCGCUUGGUUUCAGUG